AUGUCUACGCAAGUAUCCGCCGAAAAACUCGGCGAUGCCAUACUGCAAUCGGUCGAGCACGGAGCGUUCCCGCAGGACGAACAUGUGGCAUCUGCAUCCGUGCCGUCGAGCGCCCUGCCAAAGCUACUAGAGCUCGUUGGCAAGGCAAAAGAGGACAUCCAAGGCAAAGCUGACACGUGCCAUAGAACGAAAUACGCGCCAUCUCUCGCGAAGUCCGCUUCCGAUGUCGACGGCUGGAUCGCCCAAGCGCGCAAACUGCAGGAUGAUAUCAAACACUCCCAGGAUACCGCCAAAGAGAUAGUGCAGGAGGCAGAGAAGGGAAAGGCCUAUACUGCACAAGUACAAGACGCGGCCAGCAAGGUCAGCCUGCUACACACCGAGAUCGCGUACAACGAGAGCCUGGCGCGAGUGGUUGAACAGUUGCGGGACAUCUCAACCGUCUUAGACUCGGCGCAAGGAGCCGUUGCACAUGGACACCUCAUACACGCGUUGGAUACAUUGGAAGAUGCUGAUGGUGCCUUCAAAAGACUUGGAUCGUUUGAAUCAACGCGCGCGGCAGGCGUCUUGCGGACGAAGGAGGAUCAGCUGAAGAAGGCAAUCAUCGAAAAUGUGACAGAAUCGUGGAAUGGACUGAUCAAUGUGGACAACACAAAUCACAAGAUCUCGUUAAAGGACACCCUCGAGGGAGAGGCUACAGUCGACAUAAGUACCGUUGUGGAGGCGUUGAGCAAAUUGGACCUUCUGGACAGUUUUCUUUCUCGCUUCAGCCGCGAUCUCGAUCGCAUCAUCAUCUCACCGCGGCUUGCUCCUGGCACAAACAAGCUUCUGGUAUCAUUCGCCAUCGACGGCAAUGAAAUUCGACGCACGAGCCAAAUCAAUGGGACACGCAUCAAAGCCACCCUCGAGGACAUACAGGUCUUUGCUGAGUACCUGAGUACCCAUCUGCCGUCCAGUGUCGCCAUCUGGCUAGCCAAACAGAAAGAAGCUGCGAUUGCGAGAGUGCAAACCCUCUUCCCGAAACGUGUUCAAGAUAAGAAGGCCGUGGAAAGGGUCGAGACCCAGGUCGUGUCCAAGGGUGACGCACUGCAUGCUGGCAAUGACGAGCAGGAAGACGACUGGGGUGCCGAUUGGGACGAGGAGGAGCCUACCGGAGAGAAGGAAGACGUCACAGCAGAAGUACCAGAAGAGGAAGAUAUGAGUGCAUGGGGAGAGGAACUCGACGAUACAACUGAAGACUCGCAACCUCCAGCUGCAGAAGAAGCGGCGAAACCAUCAGUCGACGAAGACACAGAUGAUUGGGGCGCUGACUGGGACGAUGGCGAGGAUGGGAAACAAACAGGUCCAAGUCAAACGCCAGUCAAAACGACCCAGACGCCGAAGGUGAACGGAAAGUCAGCAGCCCAGAAGCCUGCGACGGAGCAGGAGGUGACUUUGAGAGAAACAUACACCGUCACGGCGAUGCCAGACUCGAUUAUGGAGAUCAUUUUGCAAGUCAUCACCGACGUUGAGACCCUCAACUCCCCGGAUCUGGUCAAGUCCGCUAUCGCGCCUGCCAGUGGCGGGCUGUACAUGAUCCCAAGUCUGCUCUUAGCGAUGUAUCGAGCAACAGCUGCUAUGUAUUACUCGAAAGAUAUUGCAGGUAACAUGCUCAUCUACAAUGACUGUCAAAGACUGUCGGAUCGCCUACGAAUUCUGCUCCGUGAGCAGGCGGAGAAGGACGAAACAUCGACUUUACCGCAGCAUCUGCGACCCUCUGUCCGCUUAAAACCCAAGCUUGAGGCCGAUAUUAAGACAAUCGACGGCUUUGGUAAACGCGCUUAUGGACGCGAGAUGGAAGCACAAAGACAAAUCAUAAGAGACCACUUGGAAGACGCACAGGGCUUCCAAGGAUGCACAAACGUCCCCUUCGCUACAGUUUGCGAUGACGCCAUUGCGACGACUAUCGAUCGCAUCAGCGAUGUGAAGCGCCAAUGGCAGAACGUUCUCUCACAUAGCGCCAUGCUGCAAUCUCUCGGCUCGCUAGUAUCGACAGCGCUUACAAAGUUCAUCAACGACGUGGAAGACAUGGCUGACAUCGCUGAAGACGAGUCGAAGAAGCUACACAGCUACUGCGUUUCUCUAGCUACUCUAGCGCAGCAUUUCCAAAGUACGGACGAUAAUGGAGAUGUGAGAGACAUGGCAGGCAUAUAUACCCCGAACUGGUUCAAGUUCCAGUAUCUGGGCGAGAUUUUGGACAGCAGUCUUGCGGAUAUCAGGUACUUCUGGACGGAUGGCGAGUUGAAACUUGAGAUGGAAGGUGAGGAGGUUGUGGGUUUGAUUGAGGCGCUUUUUGCGCCCAGCGAUCAUCGAAGGAGGGCUAUUGCGGAGAUUAGGAGGACGAGCAUGCAGUAG